AUGGUUUUGUUGGAUGAACGGGGUGGAAGGAUCCAUGCUACUGUCAAAGGAUCUUUGCAGGUCCGAAAAAAAAUCUGUGAUGGAGAGGUGUAUUUUAUAAAACUUGUAUCAGCAAGUGACUUAAUCACAGCAUUCGUUAAGUCUCUGGUCGACCCAAAUGAUGAAACAACUUUCGAUAAUGCUCAAGAAAAUGAAAUUGUAUCAUCAGAACCAGAAAAGGCUGAGUUUGUGUCCGCACUUGCGGACACUUGCCGCCGACUAGGUCCGCCACUGCAUGGUGGAGUUCUUGCUAGCCUUGCAGCCUGUGGUGUGAUGAUGAACAUUGUUUCCACAGCCUUUGAUCUGAUGCAGGAUUUUAAGACUGGCUACCUUACCUUGGCUUCACCAUGUUCCAUGUUUGUGAACCAAAUAUUUGGCACAAUAAUGAGCUGUGUGAUUUCUCCUUGUAUGGCAAUGGCAAUACCUUUUUACAUACGGCUUUACUUUGCCAUUGACAUGUGUGUUGGAAGUCUGAUAUUAUAUGUGUGGGAAAAGAUUAAUAAGGCCAAGGCUGAUGCUUUUGGACCAGUUGUAGCUUCUGGUUUGAUAUGUGGGGAUGGAAUAUGGACUCUACCUGCUUCAGUACUUGCUCUUGCUGGAGUUAAGCCACCAAUUUGCAUGAAGUUCUUGUCUACGUACUUGCUCUUGCUUCAGUACCUGACCACACAACGAAGAUAA